CGAUUGUCAACAAAGAAUGCCUCUAGGGAUUUGGUGCAUCCCAAGUGUAUUGCUUUUUAGCUUGGCUCCUCUUUCACAGUGUUCGUUGAAAUCAUCCAUCUCUUGCCCUGCAUCGCGCCACACCACUUAGGUUUCAAAAAGAUCCAAAGAUGGACCAACUUACAGAAAUGGAAAGAGAAUUGACUUUUCUGCGGGCGGAGGCAGCAUGGCUUCAAGAUCAACUUGCCAAGCUCGUGAAGAAAAAUGAGGAGGAAGAAAUGUUUCAAAAAGCUUCAGAAAUAGACCAAUUUUCAAAAUUAAAUAGGGAAGUGGCUCAUAUGCGGGCAAAGACAAGAAGGCUUCAAGAUCAAAUUGCCGUGUUAAACGAGGAGAAUGAAAUGAAAAAUUUCAUACGUCAAAUCUAUCAAGAUGGCAAGCCUUUAUCUGAAUUUCGGCGUAAUGAUUUGAGACGUUUGCUUCGUUAUGUGGAGGGAAAAAUGGAGAUGCAAAGGCAGGCUGCACAAAUGUCGCCUCCGAAUUCAUCACCAACUCCGAAUGAGGUCCAAGAUGGUAUAGAUUCGGGGGUCAAAGUAGAUGAACAAGUUUCGGAAUAAUAAUCAUUCAUAGAUUUGGUGAAAGAACAUGAUCAAAUGAAUACUAAGGAACUGCAUGUGGCUGGGUGUGUUUGGUACAAGAGAAAUUUUUUGGUGACCGGGAAUCAUGAUUAAUGAGAAUUCAGUAGAAAUUGAGUUUACUUGGAAUCUUACGAAAGAUGUGUUUGGUUCGCCAAAAUAUUACCGGGAAUAUUAGGUAAAAAUUACUGAUUCCAUAUUUGGUUUAGAACGAAAUAUGACUUGGAAU